UGCUCCCAUUGGAGCAAACUCAGCGGCAACGUGUCCCUGUCAUGGCAGCCGUAUCAAGUACACUAGCUGCAUCUUGAGCAGUUGGCUAGCAGAUCGCCGUAGGAGCAAGUAUCUUUCUUUCCCAUUCCCGGACUAGUGAAAUGAUUUGACAGAUGUAUUUAAAGAGACCCGCAGCUGGUCUCGCCUUCUGCUUGUUCUACUUGUCUUCUUAUUUCACCAACAAGUAUGUCCUGUCUGUCUUGAAAUUCACCUACCCCACUCUUUUUCAAGGGUGGCAGACGCUAGUUGGUGGAUUUUUCCUGCACAUUUCCUGGAAGAUUGGCUGGAUAGAGAUCAACAGCAGUUCAAGAUCUGAAGUACUGUCAUGGCUUCCAGCUUCUGCACUUUUUGUGGGCAUUAUUUAUUCAGGUUCCAGGGCAUUAUCCAGAUUGCCAAUUCCUAUCUUUCUUACCUUACACAAUGCUGCAGACGUUAUAACUUGUGGCGUCAAGACAUUUUUGCAGAAAGAGCAGACGUCUAUCUUAAAAAUCAGUAGAGUGCUGUUUCUUCUGGUAGCAGCAGGGUGCCUUCCUUUAUAUGACUCACAGUUUGAUGCAGAUGGCUAUUUUUGGGCUCUCGUGCAUUUGCUAUGUGUUGGGGCUUACAAAGUAUAUCAAAAGUUGUGGAGACCUAAUUCUCUAAGUGACUCUGAGCAACAGUAUAUAAACUAUGCAUUCAGUGUGGUGAUGUUGGCUCUUGCAUCCCACCCAACAGGUGAUCUCUUCAGUGCCUUGGAAUUCCAGUUCCUUUACUUCUACAGCUUUCACAGCAGUUGCUUUGCCAGUGGUCUUCUGGGAUUCCUUCUGACUUUACAUACAAUGAAGCUUAAAAGCAACACAUCCUCAGAACAGUAUGCAGCUUGGAGUUUUCUAGCAAAGGUUAUCACAGCUGGUCUAUCGCCAUUCUUCUUUGAGAUUGCAAUUAAUGUACCAACUGCCUGUUGUCUUUUGCUUGGUGGAUUUGCUGAAGCCUUGCUUCUUUACACUGAAAGGACUGGCAUAUGAAUAUAGGGGGCAAAUGAGGAAGAAGAGAAUGCCCAAACAUUCCCAUCAGGAGUAAAAUUGGAACCAGAGAAUAAAAAUCCAAAGUAAUAGCAGGAACAAUGAAGACGUGCAAACAGCAAGUGACUUAAUUUCACAGGCUUCUUUCUUCAGAGCCGUACCAUGCUAUUGAAAGCAACGUAGAAAGGUGGGCCUUGGUUAACCUUUAUACCAGCCAGGCUAAACAAAAAUGUAAGUUCUCAACUAAACUGGGAUCUCUGCUGCCAACUCAUCUGUGCAUUCCCUGCUGUAAGAAAUGUGUUUAUCCUGCCUCCUCUCCAAUCUUCCUUUGAGUUCUCCGCUAUUCACAAUAUGAUGGAAGUCCCUUUAUUAAAAGAUGAAAUAUAUGAUCGUAGUCUCACAUCACUUGUGAAGAAGAAGAGGCAAGCUCUGUGGUCUGUGACAAACUACAGGUGUGGCUGGAAAUGGGAAAGAUUUGUUGGUGUUUUCUGUUCAGUCUGGGAUAUGUGUUACCCAAGUGCUUUGCUUGCUGCUUCCUCAUGCUACAUUGUUCACUGCUCCAGUAAAAUAUGAAGCAAAUCACAUGGAGCUGCGGAUCACAUGGGAUAUCAGCCUGCCAGUACCACACAUCCCAGGGGCCUAGUCACGCUAAUAUUGUGACAUCUCAUGGGACCAGUCCCUGUUGCUAUUACUAUUUCCAACAUUACUGUAGCAGCAUGACCUAAGCCAAGGGAAAGUACCAUUUGAGUAACAUCUGAACUAGGCUGUCAAACAAACAAGCUGAAGAAGUGAAGACACCAUGGAGCAAUUUGUGAAUGUGGUGACUGUGUGAAUGCGCCAAUAUAUCUCUUUGUAGAAAGGGGCAAACAGCUGAAGUGGUAAAGCCAUAAGACUCUGAGAGGUCAGAAUGUUCGUUAGAGGGGAGGCCCUCACUAUAUUGGAUAGCUUCUUGUCAGUCCUAUUGCAGCAGGUAGACUCCCAGGAGGCCUGUUGGCAUCAUGAUCCUGAGAGCAGAUGCUCCUACUGAUGUUCCUCACAGUUUAAGUAGAACUGAUGGCUUCUCUGAGGGGAAGAAGAAGCCCAACCCAGAAGUAGUGAGCAGAGAUGGCAGUUCCUCAUUAUUGUCAGCAAUGCAGCGAUUCCAAUGUCGAUGUGGCCUUUCCAUGUGUGAGGCCUAGGGCAAUUGGCCCCAGUGCCCGCCCACUCCACACUCCCAACAGGCCCUGGGGCACCACAGCAUUUGACAAUUAAGUGGUCAGUUUAUAGCUUGUCACCUUCUUCAGUGUGUGUGUGUGAUAGAGACAGAGAGGUCAGACAGUGGAAAGCUGAAAUGUCUUAGUUCCUUUGUGACUUAUCAGAACAUUUACAAAGAAGACCAACAUGCUAAAAAAAUGGGCCAGUGUGAUGUAAUGAUUAGUGUGGCAGACUAGUCAGAGGAGACCCGUAUUCAAAUCCUUCCUCAACCAUACAGCUCGCUGGGUGACCGUAGGCCAAUCAUGUGCUUUCUCUUAGCCUAGCCUGCAUCACAGAGUUGUGAGGGUAAAAUGUGGGGAAAGUAAGGACCAUGUAUUGCCUUGAACUCCUUGAGGAAAGGCAGGAUAUAACUAUGUAAAUGAAAAAUCACAGUGGCAGCCCAGAAGCACUCCCACCUCAUCAGUUUGUCAUGCAAUCCUACGGGUGCCUAUUCAGAAAUAAAGGCCAUUGAAUUCACUGGGACUUGCUCCCAUGUAAGUGCAUAAAGGAUUGCAGCCUAAAUCCACUGUGAAAGUCUUGUCUGUGUUCUUUAGUAUGGGCACUGACAAGCACCAGUGGCUUACAAUGAAAUUGUAACCAUAUCUAUUUAGAAGCAAAUCCUAUUGAAUUUGAUGGAGCUAACUACCAGGUAAGUGGAAUUAGGGUUGUAGCAGAAGGUGAUUAACUAUUGUUGCUAUGUAUAGGUGAUUAUAAACAAUUCCUACUAGGAAGCGUUAGCACAUUGAGGCCUAGCCCUGAGGAACCUCUGUAUGAAAGCACAAGCAAAAUGUCUGUUACACCUUGCCAAGAGGUACCAGUUCAGUAGAAGGCUCCCUUGACAGGGCCUUAAUUAACUUGCAGAUUGUUGUGCAGGUGACUGAAUAUUUUCCACUGCUUUAUUGCACAGCCACAAAAGCUAUGUUCCUUAUGGAACAUUUCUGUACUUUUCAUGUUAUUUUCUAAGCUGAAUAACCUUAACCACUGUGAAAACAGGUGCUAUGCCAUGUAAAUCAAACUAACUGUAAAUCAAACUGUUUACUCUUCUGUAAGAUGGAAGUACCACAUGCAAUUAUUCUGGUUGGUAUUCACUGCUAAUUCUGCUCAGAGUAGACCCAUGGUUAGUAGCCAUGAGUAACGUAGCUCCACUAAUGUCAUUGGGUCUACUCUGAGUAGGGCUUAGUUGAAUACAAUUCUUUGUCUGCAUAAAAGUGCAAGGGGUCAGAAUCCAACCUGCUUAGUUCAAGCAUGGGGCAUUUUUUCUCACCAUGAAUGCCUGUGAAGUAGAAACCACAAUUUGCUGUGUGGCCAACUGUCCAAGCAGCACAGCUAAUAGAAAAGAAUCCUUUGGAGUUAUAACUGAUUAGCACAACAAAGCUGCAUGGAAUGUAAAA